CAAUUUGCUGGAUGGGUAGGGUCCACGUGGGUACUUCCUCCGGUCAAGCGCGCUCAUUGAAGGUUAAGCAAGCUGUCAGAACUCUUUGUUGAACGAGACCCACGCGUUGUCCGGUGGGUUUUUAGUGAGGGUUAACCGAAAGGUUGUUCGCAGAGAUGGAUCCCAUGAAAGCGCAGCAGCUCGCCGCGGAGCUGGAGGUUGAAAUGAUGGCUGACAUGUAUAACCGAAUGACCAAUGCAUGCCACAGGAAGUGUGUUCCACCUCAUUACAAGGAGGCAGAACUUUCAAAGGGGGAAGCUGUGUGUUUGGACCGCUGUGUGGCCAAAUACUUGGACUUGCAUGAGAGACUUGGUCGGAAGCUCACUGAGCUCUCUGUUCAGGAUGAGGAGGUGAUGAGGAAGGCCGCUGCAGGCACCGGAUAGACCCCUGCAGACUCUGAGGGUGGGGCUAAAGGCCCGUGGAUGGGGUUUGUGGGCACUCUGGACAUCCAAAGGGGGACAUCGGGCUGCAUGGCUACGGAUAUAAACAAUAUAUCAUGAAUAUGAACAGUAUUGUGACAAAUAUUGAUCCGCUGAUAGACGUGCCACUUAAAGAUCAAGACUUUGGAAGGAGGUGGGGUAUAUAUGCUCUGAGUCAUUAGUAGUUUGUUGGCAUUUACAUUAUUAACAUCGUUUGUUUGGGUAGGGUGAUUUGUGAAGCAUUGUGAAAUUGUGUUCUUGUGAACUUUUUUAUGUUGACACUGAUCAUUGUAAUUUCUGAGUCAUUUUACAAAGUGUACCUUUAUUGCGCAAUAGAAUUAAAAUGUUUACCAUUC